GAUUAACGACCCAAGGUUCUCGUCGGCGCACACGGAUCCUAGAUUCAGUAGUAUGCCGCGGCGUCAGUCAAAAAUAGCUAUCGACUCUCGAUUCAAGCCUAUGUUCUCUGAUAAGCGAUUUACCACGGCUAAUGCUCCCGUCGAUAAGCGUGGCAAACGGAGAAAAGCUGGCAAAGGAAACGAUUUGCUUUGUGAUUUUUAUCGACUUGAUGAAGAAGAUAAUGAUGAUAAGAAGAAGAAGAAGAAGAAGAUGGCUGAUGAUGACUGAUCUGAGGAUGAGAGUGAGAAUGAGAUGACUGAUCUGAAAUCUGAGGCGGAAUCAGAGGAUGUGUGAAGCCCUAUACAUGUGGUCCGGGCCGGAACUGGGUCCAUUACCACUUGAUUUUAUAUAUGUAGUGACCGACCUAUCCGCACUUAAAAGAAGAAGAAGAAAAAGAAAAAAAAAACAGAAAACCCUAGAUCGAAAGAAGAAAGAAGAUGGCGGAUACUCUGAAGCGGAUGUUGGAAAGCGGAGAGCUAACGAAGGAAGAAUUGUUAUCUUUUAUGCGGGGAUUAGAUUCCGAUGAUAAAGUAGUGGGUGGAUGCACAUCUGACAAGAAAGUGAUUGAGGAAAAAGCUGUUAAACGAAUCGACAACAGGAAACCUCUGAAGCAGUUGUUGGAGAUGCGGAAUCUAUCUGAUGAGGAAUGCGGCAAUCUUUUACGUGAAAUGGAUGAAGAUCAAAGUGAAUCGGAAGAAGUAGACGAAAGGUACUUCCGCCAAAUGAUUGAUUCUCAGUUUUUCGAUAUCGAUCCUGACGUUCGUGUCCCACGUGCGAUCGGACUCUCACAUUUUUAUUUUGGGGAAGAACAAGAACCACCUCCCGAAAUGGACCUCUACGGCCAGUUGGCUGUUCAUUGGUUCAACUUUGAGAACAAUAGGAACUUGAAGUUCUUACGCAUACCAAAAUUGAAUACCCAACAUCCGUUUUCUGUAUCCUGCUAUAUUACUGUAGAGGUUAAAGAUGAGGAUGAAGAUGUUGAUGCUACUGUAGAGGUUGAAGAUGUUGAUGCUGCUGAGGAUGAAGAUGUUGAUGCUGCUGCUGAUUCGUCUCCGUCGUCUCUCACUCUGCAAACUAUGGUCACAAGAUAUUUUGGUGACGCUUUGGAAUCUAUGAUGGAAGUUGCGAUUGAAGGCUGCAGAUUCAAACCCACCACAACAGCGUAUAAGCCACGCUUCCAGCACUUCAUGUUUAAUAGGGUUGAUGCGUUUUACAGAGGAUGUAUGCCUACCUUUUUGUCGGGACCACCAGAAGAAGCAGCUGAUGAUCAGAGAUUCUACGAGGUUCAGGACGAGGACAUUCGUAAAAAUGAUUGGCUUCGUCUGUAUACCCAGUUUGCACUUUUCCCAGUUUGCGAGGCUGGAUCUCAUGCUUUCCCGCCAAAGGAGCUGGAGUUGAAGAAGAUACUUGUGCAAACCCGAGUAACAACAACUCAAUAUGAUGAUGAUGAUGAUGAUGAUGAUGAUGAUGUUGAUGAUGAGCCGCCGUCUCCUAUUCUCAAUUCCAUUGAUGCCAAGUCUAAGAAUGCCAUCUUCCACAUUAGCUUCAGGGCCAACUGUCGCGACUACACAUCCGUAGUAAGGAGAACUGUAGAUGGGGUUUCAGGACAUAUGCAACUCGAAGUCAACACCACGGAGACUGAUUGCUUCUCUUCUUCAACAGAUGAUCAAAGUUAGUUGGUGGUCAUGCCGGUGCGCUCUGUUACAAUCACUCGUCAGAAUACUUCUUCUUCUCAUUUAUACGGUCAUUGUUUAUGAUUAUUGAAUAUAAUGGCGCUUUUCAAUUUA